AUGUUAGAGUGGCUGGAUUCAAAAGAGAAUGCCGCGAAGGCGUCCCAGGUCUAUGACUCGGUGACGGCGGGUCUACAGGGCUUUUACCGGACCAAGCUGCUGCCCAUUGAGAAAGAGCACCUUUUUCAUCAGUUUUAUUCGCCUGAGCUCACCGAUGCGGACUUUGCUUCUGCACCGAUGAUUUUGCUGAUGGGGCAAUAUUCAACAGGGAAGACGACAUUCAUACGACAUCUUCUCCAGCGGGACUUUCCUGGCAUGCGAAUUGGUCCCGAGCCCACCACUGACCGCUUUGUGUGUGUCCUUCACGGAGAGUCAGAAUCAACGAUACCUGGCAAUGCCUUAGUGGUGGACCAUGAGCUGCCAUUCACGCAGUUGAGCCAUUUUGGCAACUCCUUCCUCAGCAGAUUGGAAGCAUCCAGAUUGCCAAGCCAAGUGCUGGAAGGGCUAACUCUCAUCGACACUCCGGGUGUCCUCUCUGGUGAAAAGCAACGGAUCAAAAGGGGCUAUGAAUUUGAAGCCGUCGUGAAGUGGUUCGCUGACCGCGUGGAUAUGAUCAUCCUCUUGUUUGAUGUCUCCAAGCUGGACAUUAGCGAUGAGUUCAGGAGGGUGAUCCAAGCCACCAAAGGCAACGACCACAAGAUCAGCAUUUUGUUGAACAAGGCAGAUAAUGUGACCACUCAACAGCUGAUGCGAGUCUAUGGAGCCUUGAUGUGGUCCUUGGGCAAGGUGCUUGACACGCCUGAAGUGGCACGGGUCUAUGUUGGAUCCUUCUGGGAUCAGCCUCUGAAGAACGAAAAGCUUCGGGAACUGUUCGAGCAGGAGGAGAAGGACCUCUACACCAGAAUUGCUCAGCUGCCGCGAAGUGCGUCGCUGCGCAAAGUCAAUGAUUUGAUCAAGCGAGCACGCUUGGCGAAGGUGCAUGCAUUGCUGCUGGACUAUUUCUAUCAAAGAAUGCCGACCUUCUUUGGGCACGCCAAAGAGCAAGAGCGCAUGAUUCAAGAUUUGCAAAAUAUCUACAAAGAGAUCUCGGUGCAGAAGGGCAUUCCCUUGGGCGAUUUUCCGGACCCUCGCAUGAUGCAGCAAAUCCUCACGCCGAUGGACUUCUCGAGCUUCAAGCCGGUGGAUCCUGCGAAGCUGGAGGCUUUGGAGACGCUGCUCACAGUGGAUUUGCCCAAGUUGGUGCAGAUGAUCCCGGAGGACCAAGCCGACGAAGCUAGUUUCUAG